AUGGCAACUCUGGCCUUUGACCCCACAAACCAACUACGGCAGGCGGUCGCAGAUUCUGCCGCCAGGCACCAUUGCCUGCCAUUUGGCAGCCAUCACGAGUCGGCGCUUCCGUACUCCUCAACACCUGACAAGGGGAUCGGUUCCUCGCACCCCCAAUCCCUUGGACCAGAGAGAUACGGAGCAUGCAUCUGCGGCUUCUACUCCCCCGGCCCAACGACCAUGCUCGACGACACCGCGCCGCUGGCGUCGCUAUCCGUCACGCACGUGUACUAUGACCCAGACGACCAAGUGUCCCUGCUGUGCGCGUACCUCGCCCUCCUCCCGCAGGCCCUCUGCAUCGUGUACACCACCCUCAUCCUGUCCACGCGCGAGAUCGAAAUCGUACUCAUGUUCGCCGGCCAGCUGGGCUGCGAAGCGCUCAACUUCCUCCUCAAGCGGCUCAUCAAGGAAGAGCGGCCGCGCAGGAUCCACGGCAAGGGCUACGGCAUGCCCAGCUCGCACGCGCAGUUCGUGGCAUUCUGGAGCGUGUCCGUCGUCCUCUUCCUGCUGGUCCGGCACAGGCCGCACCCGCGCGCCAGCCCCGGCCCGGACUCCAAGGGCGGCCCGUUGCGGAACAGGCCGUGGUCGGUGCUCGAGAGGGUCAGCUUCUCGCUUCUCGCGGCCGCGGUGGCUGCCGCCACGGCUUGGAGCAGGAUAUACUUGAAUUACCACACGCCCAGGCAGGUCGUCGCCGGGAGCAUGGCCGGCGUCGUCGUCGCCCUGGCCUGGUUCGCCGCGACCUCGGUGGCACGGCAGACGGGGCUGCUGGCGUGGGGGCUGGACUUGCCCAUUGCCAGGCUGCUGCGGCUGCGGGAUUUGAUUGUCAGCGAGGAUGUGUGCCAGGCCGGCUGGGAGAAGUGGGAGCGGAGGAACAAGGCCAAGACGGGCUGA